AUGGAAAUUAAUAGUAACAAAAUUGAAAAGUUAUUUUUUGAAGUUUAUAGAAAUUUUUAUUUAAAAGAUAUUAUAUUUAAUCAUUUAAGAAUUUAUAAUGAAAAUACAAAUAGAAUUUUUAAAAAUUGUGAAAAAUUAAGACAAUACUCACAAAAACACUAUAUUAUCAAAGAUGACUCUGAAUCUAUAGAUUUAUAUGAUAACUUUUCAAUAUUAUCUUUAUUAGAUAUUGAAUGUUUAACAUUAAAUAAUAAUUAUUCUCACUCAAUAGAAUCAUAUGAUUUACCAAAAUCUUUAAAAAAAAUUAAAUUUGGAAAUAAUUGGAAUCAUGGAAUUAAUUUAAAAAAUACAAAUAUUGAAACAAUAAUUUUUGCUAAUAAUUAUAAUAAAAAAUUAAAAGCAGGUGAUUUACCAGAUUCUUUAAAGGAAAUUGUUUUUGGUUAUUAUUAUUCACAGUGUUUAGAAAUUGGAAGUAUUUCAUCACAGGUUGAAAAAAUUACAUUUGGUAAUAAUCCUUUAGUGGUCGGUAUUAUUCCAAGUAGUUGUAAGAUUUUAAAAUUGGGUGAAUUAUUAAUUGGAUCAAUACCACCAAAUGUAACAUAUUUAUCAUUUGGUAAUUCAUUUACAAAUAAUAAUUGUAAAAUAAAAGCAGGUAUUUUACCAUCAAGUUUAACUCAUUUAAUAUUUGGUGAUUCAAAUAUUGAAUUAUUAAAAGGUUCUAUACCAGAUAGUGUCAAAUAUUUAUAUUUUGGUUCAAAAUUUACAAAUAAUAAUAAAUCAUUUAAAAAUGUAUUACCAAAUAAUCUUUUACAUUUAGAAUUUAAAAAUAUAAAUUUUCAAUUCCCAAUUUAUGAAAAACCUCCAAAUUCUAUUUUAAAAAAUAAUUAUAUACCACUGAUACCAAAAAGAAAAACUACUUUUUCAGAGAUACUAGGAAAUUCAAUUUUAUUAAUUUUUUAUAUCACUAGAGCUAUAUAUGAAUCUAUUACUGGAAUAACUGAUUAA